AUUUGAUGUGUGUCCCCGGGGACAUUUGAUGGAUUAAAGCUAAGCAGCUCCAUUUCGCAGCACCACCUGAUCUUCCACUGCCUGUGCCCCAUAUAAAGGCUGGCGUGAUUGCUGAUCUCAGCUAGUCUGACAGUCUCUCUCUCUCCCUCCUCUCUCUGUCUGUCUCCAUCUCUUCUCUUCCUCACUGGUCCCUUAAGCCUGCUGCAUCACAGGAGCUAUCCAGUGCUGAACAGGAUCGCUUUUAUUUUUUAUUUUUUUAUUUUUCCGGGGGAAGCUGGGGGAGCCAGAGAGUAUCACACAGCAUUGCCGUCAGCCUUGUUCUCCACUGGUUUCCAUUUUCUUUCUUAUGUUUUGGGCAGUUGUCUUCAUAUUAACCACAAGGAUUACCAUCAAGCCAGCUCUAUCCGCGUGCUUCCUCAGAGGGUCUUCUAUUUUUUCUCAUGCGUUUUUCUCAGCUCUGUGUUUUUAUCCAUUGAAACAUGCCCCGCUCAUUUUUGGUGAAGAAGAUCAAGCUUGAUGAUUUCUCUUCGUCCAAUGUGGCCACCUCCAACCAUCAUCACCACCUGGACGACUCGUUCACUUUUGCACGCUCCAUCACAGACUCGGUGACCAGCCUCGGCGUUCGUCUCAGCGAGAAUGGAUACAUCCAGGAUUACAUCACGCCAUCUGUAUACCAGGGGGAGAAGAAGAUGGAGCACAAGCUGGCUUCGCCAGUGUCGGACCCCCUGUACACCCAGGUGAGCAGCGGAGGAGAGUACUGCGACCCCGACCUGAAGCACCCCGACAGCCCCCAGUCUGGCAUGACGGCCAGCGGCUUCUACACUGGUGAAUCAGAGGCCCUGGCCGAGGGUUACACCAUGGAUGCCUUCUUCAUCUCCGACGGCCGCUCGAGGCGGAAGGGAGACGGGGAGAGGAGCGGAGGGGGCUCGAGGAGCAGCAGCGCCAACGCCGGGGCUCAGGAGAGGGGAGCCGGCACGCCUCGCCACACCUGCAACGAGUGCGGCAAGACGUACGCCACCUCCUCCAAUCUCAGCAGACACAAGCAGACGCACCGCAGCCUGGACAGCAAGAUGGCCCGCAAGUGUCCCACCUGUAAUAAAGUGUACGUGUCCAUGCCGGCGCUGGCCAUGCACAUCCUCACCCAUGACCUCAAGCACAAAUGCGAAGUGUGCAGCAAGGCCUUCAGUCGGCCGUGGCUGCUCCAAGGUCACAUGCGCUCACACACAGGAGAGAAGCCCUUUGCCUGUGCCCACUGUGGCAAAGCCUUUGCUGACCGUUCAAACCUCCGCGCCCACAUGCAAACACACUCUGCCUUCAAGCACUACAGAUGCAAGCGUUGCAAUAAGACCUUCGCUCUCAAGUCCUACCUGAACAAGCACUACGAGUCGGCUUGCUUCAAGGGCUCCGCGGACGAAGACGACUCUGGAUCAGAAAAUUAACCACGAGGAAGAAGCAAAAUUCUGAACCCCUCUUGUCGGUUCACAACCAAUAACCCUGUUCACUCUGCCCUCCAUGCCUUUUUUCCUUCCCUUUUUUUAGAAAGCAAUAUUUUCACUGAGAUUACGUGAAGAAACUUUAAUGAUUAUGGCAAAGACAAUUUCAAAAGAUGCUGGAUCUUUUCCCUGCACAGUAGCUAAUCGUCCACAGAAACAUACAAUCAAACAACCCUCCCCCAAAUAGAGACUGUAGAUGAUAGUUGUACACAAUUCAGCAACAUGUGUUCGCACAGAAGUGCGAACAUGUUGACACACACACACGGAAACAGACGAACAUGCGUGCACACCUACACACACACACACACACACA